AUGGCCUCUCUCAAGCAUGACGAGAAGGUCGGCGAGUACGUUUCGUCAGAACCCUUCGCCCGUACAGAAAGCCACGAUGAAGGCGAGAUCAUCGAGAACACCGAUCACCUCCACCGUCGUCUUGGAAACAGACAGAUCCAGCUCAUGGCCAUUGGCGGCACCAUUGGCACUGCCCUUUUUGUCAGUAUCGGUGGCGGUCUCUACAAGGGCGGCCCUGGAAGCUUGUUCCUCGCCUAUUCCAUCUACGCUUGCUUCUUGGGUCUGGUCAACAACUGCAUUGCCGAGAUGACAACGGCGUACCCUGUCUCGGGAGGCUUCAUUCGUCUCGCUGGUCACUUUGUCGACGACGCUUUUGGCUUCAUGGCCGGCUAUAACUUCUUCAUCUAUGAAGCUCUCUUGAUUCCUUUUGAGAUUACCGCUCUUUCUACGGUGCUUGAUUUCUGGAGUGACGAUAUCCCACCAUGGGCAAUUCCUCUAGCUUGUAUCAUUCUCUAUGGUCUCCUUAACGUCCUUGCCAUCAAGGUCUUUGGUGAGGCUGAAUUCUGGCUGUCUGGCGGCAAAGUCAUCUUGAUCUUCAUCGUCUUCUCCUUCACCUUCAUCACCAUGGUCGGCGGCAACCCUCAGCACGAUGCCUACGGUUUCCGUAACUGGAAGCACAACGCCUUCAAAGAGUACAGAAGCACCGGCUCGCUCGGCCAGUUUGAAGGUUUCCUCGCUGCUCUGUGGUCCGCUUCGUUCUGUGUCACCGGUCCCGAGUACCUUUCUAUGGUCGCCGGAGAGGCUAGGCGCCCCCGUAUCUACAUCAAGAACGCCUUCAAGACUGUCUACUGGAGAUUCGCUCUCUUCUUCAUGGGAGGCUCCCUCGCUGUCGGUAUUGUCCUUAGCUCCGUCGACCCCACCCUGAAGGCCAUCAUUUCUGGUGCACAGAGCGGAUCUGGUACUGCUGCCGCCUCUCCCUACGUUAUAGCUAUGAAGAACAUGGGCGUCACCGGUCUGCCUCAUGUCGUCAGCGCUCUUCUAGUCACCUCCAUCUUCAGUGCCGGAAACACUUACACUUUCUGCGCAACCCGUAGUUUGUACGGUCUGGCUAUCGAGGGCAGAGCACCCAAGGCUCUUCGCUACUGCACAAAGAGUGGUGUGCCUCUUGUCUGCUUUGCCAUCGUCAUGGUCUUCCCUUGCCUUGCUUUCUUGCAGGUUAGCAAUGGCUCCAACGUCGUCUUGGGCUGGCUCAUCAACCUGGUCACCGCUGGCGGCGUCAUCAACUACUGGGUCAUGUGUGUCACCUACCUCUUCUUCUACAGAGCUUGCAAGGCACAGGCCCUGGACAGAAACACACUGCCCUACAAGGGUUGGUUCCAGCCAUACUCUGCAUGGCUCGGCGCUGCAUGGAUGACCAUGAUUGUCUUCUGCUACGGCUAUAGCAGCUUCACGCCCUUCUCCGUCGACAAUUUCUUCAUCUACUACACGCUCCUUAUGGUGGCACCUAUCACCUUCUUUGGCUGGAAACUCGUCAAGCGCACGAAGCUGUUGAAGCCUCUCGAGGUCGAUCUCGUCUGGGAGCGUCCUACCAUCGACAACUACGAAGCUACGUUCAUUGAUCCCCCACGCAGCUUCUGGUCCGAGAUGUUGGGACCUUUGGCGUUCUGGGGCAAGGCAAAGAAGGGCAGUGACAGACAGAUGAGCAUGUCCGCAUAA